UUCGGAAGGGGCAGAUUUUUUUCGGCUGCGUACUUUCAAAUUCUAGCGCACUCGAGCUGGUUUCUCCAUUCUUACCUACCCUACCUUUAACAUAAAAACUUGCAGAGGUGUAUACCGAAGCGGCUGGUGGAACCCGGAAGUGUUUGGUUGCAUCAGACAGCAGAGAGAGGACUCAUGUGGCUCUGCUGUGGAUGCUAACUUAAGCUGACGUCUCUUUCUGUUUCAUUCAAAGAGAUGGCCACUCUCUACGUGUCCCCUCACCCUGAUGACUUCAGGAGCCUCCUCACUCUCAUCGCUGCAGAGUUUUGUCCGUCCUCCCGACCCCGGACCCUCACAGAGGACCCUCCUGCGUCCCUGAAUGCCUGCUCCAGACCCACCCUGGUGCUGGGCGCUGGGGGAAGUGAAUCUGUCCUCAGCGGGGCCCCUGCUGUGUCCUGGUACCUGGCCAAUCAGGGGAAGAGGGCCGGUGCGGAUACAAAGCAGCAGAGCCAGGUGUGGCAGUGGCUCAGCUUUGCAGACAAUGAACUUACCCCGGUGUCCUGUGCUGUGGUCUUCCCUCUGAUGGGGAUGACAGGAGUGGAUAAGAAGCUCCAGCAGAGUUCCCGUGCAGAGAUGAUGCGUGUACUAAAGGUUCUCGAUAAGGCACUGGAGCCCAGAACCUUCCUGGUGGGGGAGAGCAUCACCCUGGCUGAUAUGGCUGUAGCUACAGCUGUUCUCCUGCCUUUCAAAUAUGUGUUGGAGCCAUCAGACAGGAAAGUCUUGACCAAUGUUACCAGGUGGUUCACAACCUGCACAAAUCAGCCUCAGUUCCUAAAGGUGUUGGGGGCGAUCACUCUCUGUGAGAAGAUGGUGCCGGUUACACCCAAACCAAAUGCUGCUGAGAGUCCUAAAGUUGCCACGAGUCCUAAAGUUGCUGCGAGUCCUAAAGCUGCCGCGAAUCCUAAAGCUCCCGGGAGUCCUAAAGCUGCUCCUGCCAGUCCUGCUGUUGAAUCCGCUGAAGCUGAAGCUAACGGCCCACCAAAGACAGAGGCCCAGCUGAAGAAGGAUGCUAAGAAGAGAGAAAAGCUGGAAAAGUUCCAGCAGAAGAAAGACAUGGAGGAAAAGAAAAAGACUCUGCCACAGACAGAGAAAAAGGCCAAACCGGAGAAGAAGGAGUUGGGAGUGAUCUCAUACAGCGUCUCCACGGCCCCCGGGGAGAAAAAAGAUGUGAUAAGCCCGCUCCCUGACUCCUACAGUCCUCAGUAUGUGGAGGCGGCCUGGUAUCCGUGGUGGGAGAAGCAGGGAUUCUUCAAGCCUGAGUACGGGAGGAAGAGUAUCAGCGAUGCAAACCCUCGCGGUGUCUUCAUGAUGUGCAUCCCUCCCCCUAAUGUGACCGGAUCCCUCCACCUGGGUCACGCUCUCACUAACGCCAUUCAGGAUUCUCUGACCAGAUGGCACAGGAUGCGGGGGGAGACCACCCUGUGGAACCCGGGCUGUGACCACGCCGGCAUCGCCACCCAGGUGGUGGUGGAGAAGAAGCUGAUGAGAGAAAAGGGCCAGAGCCGGCACGAUCUGGGCAGAGACAACUUCAUCCAGGAAGUCUGGAAGUGGAAGAACGAGAAGGGAGACCGUAUCUACCACCAGCUGAAGAAGCUGGGCUCCUCUCUGGACUGGGACAGAGCCUGCUUCACCAUGGACCCUAAACUCUCGUAUGCUGUCCAAGAGGCCUUCAUCCGCAUGCACGAUGAGGGAGUGAUCUACCGGAGCAAGAGGCUGGUCAACUGGUCCUGCACGCUGAACUCUGCCAUCUCCGACAUCGAGGUGGAUAAGAAGGAGCUCACUGGCAGGACGCUGCUGCCCGUGCCCGGCUACAAAGAGAAAGUGGAGUUCGGGGUGUUGGUGUCUUUCGCCUACAAAGUGGACGGAACAGACGAGGAGGUGAUCGUGGCAACAACUCGUAUCGAGACCAUGCUGGGAGACAGCGCUGUAUCCGUGCACCCCGCUGACCCCAGGUAUCAGCAUCUGAAGGGGAAGAUGGUGCUGCACCCCUUCUGCGACCGCAAGAUGCCCAUCGUCUUCGAUGAUUUCGUGGAUAUGAGCUUUGGAACAGGUGCUGUCAAAAUCACCCCAGCCCACGACCAUAAUGACUACGAGGUUGGAGAGAGACACAAUCUGGCCUUCAUCAACAUCUUGGAUGAGAACGGCCUGCUCAUUAACGUGCCCCCUCCCUUCCUGGGCAUGAAGCGCUUUGAGGCCAGGAAGGCCGUGCUGCAGGCCCUCAAGGACAGGGGCCACUUUAGAGAGAUCAAAGACAACCCUAUGGUGGUCCCAGUGUGCAGUCGCUCCAAGGACAUCGUGGAGCCUCUGCUGAAGCCUCAGUGGUACGUGAGCUGUGCAGAUAUGGCCAAGCAGGCCGCGGACUCCGUGAGGGAGGGACGCCUCAAAAUCAUCCCCGACCACCACCUCAAGACCUGGUUCAACUGGCUGGACAACAUCAGGGACUGGUGCAUCUCUCGGCAGCUGUGGUGGGGUCACCGUAUUCCUGCUUACUUCAUCACCGUCAACGAUCCCUCUGUGAAACCAGGAGAGGACAUGGACGGUCAUUACUGGAUCAGUGGGAGUUCGGAGGAAGUGGUCAGAGAGAAGGCGGCGAAACGCUUCAAUGUGUCCGCUGACAAGAUCUCCCUCAGACAGGAUGAGGAUGUUCUGGACACUUGGUUCUCGUCUGGCAUUUUCCCCUUCUCCAUCUUCGGAUGGCCUAAUGAGACCCAGGACCUGAACGUGUUCUACCCCGGCACGCUGCUGGAGACGGGCCACGACAUCCUGUUCUUCUGGGUGGCUCGGAUGGUGAUGAUGGGCCUCAAACUGACCGGCAAGCUGCCCUUCACAGAGGUUUAUCUGCAUGCGGUGGUGAGGGACGCCCACGGGAGGAAGAUGAGCAAAUCUCUGGGCAACGUCAUCGACCCUCUGGACGUCAUCACAGGCAUCUCCCUGGAGGGUCUCCAUGCCCUGUUUACAGACAGCAACUUGGACCCAGUGGAGGUGGAGAAGGCGAAGCAGGGCCAGACGUCGGACUACCCUAACGGCAUUCCAGAGUGCGGCACGGACGCUCUGCGCUUCGCCCUGUGCGCCUACACCAGCCAAGGUAGGGAUAUCAACCUGGAUGUCAACCGCAUCUUGGGCUACCGUCACUUCUGCAACAAACUGUGGAACGCUGUGAAGUUUGCCAUGAAGACGCUCGGAGAAAACUUUGUGCCGUCAGAGAAAGCCCAGCUGUGUGGAGAGGAGAGUGUGUCAGACAGGUGGAUUCUGUCUCGCCUCAGUGCUGCUGUCGCUCUCUGCGAUGCCGGCUUCAAGGCCUACGAGUUCCCCACCAUCACCACCGCCAUCUACAACUUCUGGCUGUACGAGCUCUGUGACGUCUACCUGGAGAGUGUGAAGCCGGUGCUGAGCAGAGCGGAGGAGGACAGCAGCAGCCAGAGGCAGGCGCUGGUGUGCAGGCAGACACUCUACACCUGUCUGGACGUCGGUCUGCGGCUCCUGUCUCCCAUCAUGCCCUUCGUCGGCGAGGAGCUCUACCAGAGGUUACCACGACGACGACCUCAGAGUGACCCCCCCAGCAUCACCGUUACUUUGUACCCCGAUUCAGAGGAGUUCUGCUGGCACAGUGAGGAGGUCGACCGCGACAUGGAGUUCGUGAUGACCGUGAUCAAAACCAUCCGCUCACUGAGGGCCGACUACAACCUGACCAAGACCAGAGCCGACUGCUACCUGCAGUGCAUCGACUCGGCGACGGCCUCCCUGCUGCAGAGGCACAGUCUGCAGAUCCAGACGCUGUCCUCCUCUCAGGCCGUCCUCCCGCUGACCUCAGACCAGCCCGUCCCAGCAGGCUGCGCCGUGGCCAUCGCCUCUGACAGAUGUACCGUCAACCUCAUGCUCAAGGGUAUCAUUGAUGUGGAGAAGGAAGUGGCCAAGCUGCUGACAAAGAAAGGUGAAGUGGAGAAAGCGAUGGACAAGCUGAGAGAGAAGAUGGCGAAGAGCGACUACGCGGAGAAGGUUCCGGUGAAGGUGCAGGAACUGGAUGCGGAGAAGCUACGACAGAGCCUAACUGAACUCGAGAAAGUAAAAGAAGCCAUGGACAACUUCAGGAAAAUGGUGUGACUUUCCCCUUAGCAAUAUGUAAAUCCGGAUUUAUUUCCAUAUUUUUCAUGUCAGUGUAUUCAUUUUCCAAGUCGACUGUAGUCAGGAGGAAAUUCAAUAAAUCUCUUGUGACAGACAA